AAAUAUUAAACCUUGCAGAAUGGUUUUAAUUAUUAAAAAGUCAAAACAUGACAUCGAGCCGACCCCUGGUGACCGUGGUACGAGCGGGACGCCAUAGCUUCGCGGAGGGAAUGCACUUGCAGCAACGCCUGGCGAAGUCUACCCAGAUUCUGGACCCACCCUCGGAGUUCCGAAACUACCUGGUGCUGCAGGAGCACGAUCCCGUCUACACAGUCGGCCUGAGGACAAAGGACUACACGGAGGAGGAUGAGCAUAGACUCCGCCGGCUGGGAGCCGACUUCCAGCGCACGGAUCGCGGCGGCUUGAUCACGUUCCACGGCCCCGGCCAGUUGGUGGCCUACCCCAUUUUGCACCUGCGCCAGUUCAAGGCGAGCAUGCGCUGGUACGUGGCCACGCUAGAGCGGACGGUCAUCGAAGCCUGCCGCCAGCUGGGGAUUCCCAAUGCCAUUACAACCAAGGACACCGGCAUCUGGGUGGGCAACCAAAAGAUCUGCGCAAUCGGUGUUCACGGCUCCCGUUACGUCACCACGCACGGCAUUGGCCUCAAUUGCUGCACGGACCUUCGAUGGUUCGAGCAUAUUGUGCCCUGCGGAAUUGAGGGCAAGGGUGUGACCUCGCUCAGCCAGGAGCUGGACAGACAUGUCCCCGUCCAGGAGGCCAGCGGCGCACUCCUGAGCAGCUUUGCCAAUGUGUUUGAAUGCCGCCUGCAGGAUCAGGCCGAAGGCAAAGUUACAAAAAGUGCAGAAGUAAAAUAACUACUAUAAUGCUACGUAUUUUGUACAUAAAACAAAGUUAAGCUAUUUGAAUUAUGGAUCGAUUUUUCUGAUCUGAUGCACUCAGGGUAUUCCCUAAACUAUUAAUUAGUUGAAUUUUAUCAGCAGUUCUACACAAACUUCGUUUCCAAAAAUUUCAGCAAUUUAUCAACAAGGAAACUGUUAACAGCCUUUAGGAUGAUAGGAUUAACAGAGUUAUUUGACAUGGAAGUUACCAAAUUGUAAAAUUUGUUUAUGCUUUGUAAUACGUAUGUAGGUAUACCCGAUACUUGUAAAGUAAAAAGGUUUAUUGCCUAUUGACUACUUCACAUCUCCUUUUAUACUCAAAUAACUACUACUAACUAGUUAUCAAACCAAGCACCUGCAAGACAGAUGGUUAAAUGACUUUUAGUCUAUGAAAACAGCCAAAAUUACACUUAUAAACAUGAUUUAAGUCGGCCUUAGAAACCAACGUUUCGCCCUUAUUUUUACAAAAUCACCAUAAAAUGGAGACCAAAUGCGAUUCGAGCUUGGUUUAAAAAAAAUGGUCUAAAAAAUCUCAUGGAUCUUUGGGUACUUUACGAACUUAUUGGGAUUUGUAAAUUAUAUCUUAAGUCGCCGCCAGUCAACAGGUCGGAAACCAUGAAUAUAUUCAAAAUAAAAUUAACCCUAAAAUUUAUAAAA